AUGAAUUUUCGGAAUUUGAGGAGUAACAUACGAAGAAAUGAAACUUUAUCAGCUUGGGAUUCUUCACAUGGAGAGAGACCCUCUGAACGACAACCAACUUGGGUGUCUUCACAGGGAGUGGGACCCUCUGAACAAUUGCUAGCUGUUUCGGGACUACCAGCUAUGGUGUCUUCACAAGGAGAGGGACCCUCUGAACGAAUACAAGUUCCCGUGGUUGAUUAUGCUGAAAAUGACGAUGAUGUCAUUGAAACUUCGUCAAGAGACUUUGCUGAGGCCGUAGCAAACUCGAGAAGAACACGUAGAAGAAUUGGACAUGCCUCAAAUAUGGAAAAUCAAACCAUGCCAACUUAUUUUAUGCACGAAAGAGAGGAGGGAGAUAGCUCUUUCAUACCAAUUGAUGCUAUUUAUAUCAGUUUGGAAGGAGGCACCAGUGAAGUGACUGAAAAUGCCACAAAGUCACUUGAUACUAACAAGGAAACUCUUGAGCCUGAAAAUCAAACACCUGAACCUCCAAAAGAGCCUAGCAUAACAUGUCCAAUAUGUAUGCAGCCUACUGUGGAGGAAAUGACAACAAAAUGUGGCCAUAUUUUUUGCAGGAAGUGCAUCACACCUGCACUACUGUCACGUCGUAAAUGCCCGACGUGCGGAAAAAAUGCUACUAUGAGGGGAUUAGUCAGGGUGUUUCUUCCAUCUUCCAGAAUAAUUGAUGAAUUGAGGAUUUGGGUUCAGUGCAGUCAGCAAUUUAGUGACCGCAGUGCAGUCGGCUAUUAG